AUGGCAGGCUCGACUGAGUUCAACAAUCCUUUGCGGAAGUUCAAACUUGUAUUUCUCGGCGAGCAAAGUGGUUGGUUUAAAUGUUUCUGUUCUAUGCAAAACUUUCGUAGUUGGCAAAACAUCGCCACGAUAGGAAUUGACUUUCUGUCGAAGACAAUGUACCUUGAGGAUCGAACGAUUCGGUUGCAACUGUGGGAUACAGCCGGUCAGGAAAGAUUCCGUAGUCUCAUCCCUAGUUACAUUCGUGAUUCUUCCGUUGCUGUAGUUGUGUAUGAUAUUUGCAUGAGGGAAUCGUUUUCACAGACUACCAAAUGGAUUGAUGACGUUCGCAACGAACGAGGAAACGAUGUUAUCAUAAUGCUAGUCGGAAAUAAAACCGAUCUGGCGGAUAAGAGGAAAGUGACGACUGAAGAAGGCGAACGACUAGCCAAGGAACUCAAUGUGAUGUUUGUUGAGACCAGUGCCAAAGCCGGUUACAAUGUAAAAAAUCUUUUCCGACGGAUAGCUACAGAACUGCUGAAAAAGGAGACACCUCCUCCUCGUCAUGACGACUGUAUCUUUUUUCGAUUUUUACUUUACUUCUUGCAUCAUUUUUUCCUCUUGAAUAAUUCCCUAGGUCGUUUAUUAAAUUUGACUUGUGUAGGAUAUCUCUACCAGUAA